AUGUCCAACAACGCCCGCGCGUCCACGGUGCCCGUCGCCGCCGAAGCCGUGCCAAAGUCUUACUACGAGCAACAACGCGAACUCCUCAUGCUCGAAAUCGCGCAAUCCCUCAAUAACGCACUGCACAACCUGAACGCGCUGAACCGGAGCUUGGAAGAAGUCAUCCAAGUCGGCAAUGAAUUCGCGCCGGUGGAGUCGCUUUGGAGUCACUUUGAGAGCGUCAUGGGAGACCAGGGACAGGAGGAGAAAGAAGGAAAGAGGGAGGGUGAUGGGGAAGAGGGGGCGAAUGAGUUGCUGGAAAACUAA